GAUCGCUCGGUCCACAGAGUCACAUUCAAUUCGAACAGUAAAUCUCCAGAUGAUGUCUGGAUGGUUUCAGUUCCAAAGCUUCAUGAAAGAGUAGUUCUUGUGCCAGGGUCUCUUGCACUCAUCUUCAACCUCACAGUAAGCGGGCAUGCAAACAAUUACCACUUGAACAACGUGGUAAGAACUCUGGUCGACAGAUUGUAUGUCAAGUUCAUAGGUAGGUUGUGCAGGACACAGACGGCUAAGAUCAGUUGAAGCUCUAUGGAGACCUCUUCUUGACUGAGAACGUGAGAGCAAGCGUGCUGAGGCAGUUUGCUGAUCUUUCGAGGAUUAGACACAGUGCAGAAGACAAAGACAGUACAGGUGUUUACUUGGAGAAGAAGCUCAAUAAAGUGUAUGGAAGCAAGUACAGGAUUCCGAUUGAUCAUGGCAUUCUGAACAAUCAUGGAGCCUUCUACCCAAAGGGACUUUUAAAUUUGCGCGUCUUCGAACUCAGACUUGUACCUGCCAGAAAUGUCGUAAGGGGAUGGGAUCUAACAAAGCUUACCAAUGAAUUGACUAACGUCGAGCUUGAGUAUGAGGUGAUUAACAACCAAUACCGUGACAUGAAAUUGCAGUAGUGGAAAGAGAUUUAUGUAUGAGCAUGCGAACCAUCACAAGAUGAUCACAGUCAAAAGAGCAACUGAUUCAAUCAUCAAUGAGGGCAUAAAUGUUGCAAAGAGAUCAAUGAGAGGACUCCUCUUCUAUAAUUCACAUCCAGCAGGGGCAAGAGACUCUAAGAAGAUGUCCAAUCCUGACAUCACUGAAGUGAAAGUGGACGUGAAUGGUAUCCUGAACAAGGUUUUCAGCCAAGGGAUGAAGAAAGGAGAUAUGUGCUAG